GCAGAACUUUCUUGCGCGAGCGUAGCUCCAAACUCACAGAUCACGGUCUCCGCUGAGGAAUGUGAUAUUGAAAUCUUAUGUGUGACGUACGCCUGCUGUUUCACCGGCAAUUUAACAGCUCUGUUAACAUGUAUUGAUUGCUUGGGACGAAAAUACGCAGUUUUAGACAUCGAAAAACAGAACAAUUGUAAUCGGCGCUCUCCUUUGUACUGUUGACAGCUGUGUAGAGUGACAGAAAGAGCGAGAAUCAUGAUGAAGAUCAGUCCUCAUUUACUGUUUCUCUUCGGUCCUUAACAGAAAGUCGGAAUCUUAGCUUUGACGUGUAAGACAUCACAACGGCCAUAGAAGAGAUAAAAAGGAGGGAGUUGAGCUCUUCCUCUGUGCAAGCUUCAUCAUCCUCCUCUCCAUCUGCAAUGGAGAUUGCCCUGUGGCAGCAGUAAGAGUGUGGUAGAGAGAGAUGCAAGAGAAAAAGGACCCUCAGCCCAAAUCUGCCAACAGCCUUGGAAAGGCUCAUCCUGCCCUGAAGGCCUUCAUGUGCGGCUCUCUCAGUGGCACCUGCUCCACUCUGCUGUUCCAGCCAUUGGAUCUGGUGAAGACCAGACUGCAGACCCUGCAGAAUACGCACCCGGGUGCUCCUAAAGUGGGAAUGAUUACAGUCUUUUUCAACGUGAUCCGCACAGAGAAGCUGUUUGGCCUGUGGAAGGGGGUUUCACCAUCGUUCAUGCGCUGUAUCCCUGGUGUAGGGAUCUACUUCAGCACAUUUUACUCGCUGAAGCAGCAUUACUUCCAGGAUGGCUCUCCGAGUGCCGGGGAGGCGGUGUUGCUAGGGGCAGGGGCUCGUUGUGUGGCAGGUGUGGCCAUGCUGCCCAUCACAGUCAUUAAGACUCGUUUUGAGAGUGGGCGGUACAAUUACGUAAGCGUAGCUGGAGCUCUUAAAAGUGUGUGUCAGAACGAAGGUCCAAGGGCUCUUUACUCCGGGCUCACGGCGACUCUGCUCAGAGACGCCCCGUUCUCUGGCAUCUAUGUCAUGUUCUAUAGCCAGGCCAAAAAGGCUUUGCCACAGGAGAUCAGCUCAUCAUCCUUUGUCCCACUGGUUAAUUUUGGCUGUGGUGUGGUGGCUGGUAUUUUGGCCUCUCUAGCCACUCAGCCAGCGGAUGUGAUCAAAACUCACAUGCAAGUCAGCCCGGCACUGUAUCGCAAGACCAGCGAUGCUGUACGCCACGUUUAUGAGAAGCAUGGCUUGAACGGGUUCUUUCGGGGGGCGGUUCCUCGUUCUCUGAGGAGGACCCUGAUGGCUGCCAUGGCCUGGACUGUGUACGAGCAGCUGAUGGCGCGCAUGGGCCUGAAGUCCUAAAGUCAUCUCAUGCACUUUUUUGUAGACUUUUCAGACACUGGCAAAAGAUGGCAUUCUGUCAUCCUUGAAGAGUUGAUAAAAACGAAAGCGGCUCGUGUUGGCUGAGGUGCCGGUAAUAGAAGGGUUGUGUGUAUGUGUUUGUGCUUUCAGUGCUUUACCCCGUGACACCUCUGACAGUGACAUUCCUAAAUUGCCACAUAUAUCUGCCUUGUAGACACCUGCUCAUUGAGACAGGGGUCCGCACUGAAGAAUACCAAUGAGAGACAGACUGCUAAAUCAUGUGUCGUCAGCUCACAAGAAUAUCACUCCUUUUACAAAAAGAAAAUCCUCCUCACUAACCAGUGAACUCCAUAUACCACACGUGUCAGUGUCUUUUAAAAAGUUGCAGGUUUUUUUUUAGAAAUGCACGACCCUGUGUUUGAGACCAUUUAAGCCUAGUCUGCUGAUUCGAAAAUCCCUUUUAGUCGAGGAUGAGGCUAGCAGGGUAUCCAAGACAUGUUGACAUAAUACUCCAGCGCUCCGACAAUCAGACCGAAUUACUCUAGGGCUGAGAAACUGAACUGACAACACAUGACGGUCUCGUCAACACGCUCCGUUCCGACUGAUAAUUGCGCGUCUCUAUGCGAUGAUUUGUGCUGUUCUACUGAUCUCCUGUGUUAUAUGACUGGAUGGAUUUAUCAGUGCAUUACAGUACACUGGGCUUUUAUUUUCUUGAUCACUCACUGCUGGGCACAGACAAAGGCAGGAUUUGGAUAGAAUGAGACUUUGUAAGAUGUAGACCAGGAGAAAUGCUUAAUAUUUAUUAAAGAAAGAUGGAAACAAGUGUUAUGUUUGAAAUGGAAAGUUUUUUUUUUUUUUUUUUUUUUUACAGUGAGAAAUUACAAUACUUAAUUUAUCGUAUUUGCAAACGUGUUGUCGGAUAAUUUUAAUUGACGUUUUGUCGUAUUGACGUAUUGUGUAAUAACUACUGUAAGACGCCAUAGUAUCAUCAGUGGUGCUUGGUGUGAACACAACAGCUUAAUGUUAAUUCUACGUGAUCCAUAGGGUGAAUUUUAUGAAAUCUGCCAAGAACAUGUCCGGGUGGUUGUUGUUCACCCUUAACAAAGAGAGAGAACCAAUAAAAAUUUUAAAGAAAAUGAAAUCUGUUAGAACUAUUUGGAUUUUUGCCAUUGUGAUAUUAUAUUUUUAGUGCAAUUAGGCACAUUUUCUUCCCAAAUUAUCAUUACUUUAAUAUGAUGUUUUAUUUUAAAAAAUAUAUAUACAUGCACACACUUAUUUUUUACACCAAAGUAGUCUUUGUUGUACUGCUUUCAAGUUUAAAUCAGCAUAUUACAGUAAUUUUUACUAUAACAACUUUGGGGAGAAAACCUUACAAGUAAAAUGCAGGGAUGCAUUACAAUAAUGAGAAUUUAGGGAAAAUAUGCUUAAUUGUCAAAAUGCAAAAAUCUUAAUGUAUUUAAAUAGAUUUCAAUUUCUUUAAGCCAAAUAUAAUUUCUUUCUUUUUAAUUAUCAUUUUUUCCUUAACAUCUCCGGGACGUGUUUUCAUGAAAUUCACCCCAUUCUCUCAUUCUCUCCAGCAUUCUGUCUUGGUGAUGGUACUUUGUCAUUUGCCACUUUAUAUACUUUGAGGAAUUUGAUGUAUUUGAGUCAUCAUUUCAUUUAGUUCGCUGAAUUCAAUGUUUGGAAUUGUAUUUAUUAGCUUCUCCCCUACAAAGCAAGAUGAUCUGCAGUAUGCAGUUUAAUGACCAUAAUAUGAAGUUUGAAGACACAUGGAGCCAAAACACUAGUUUUAUAUCCAUUAAGAGGGUUUAUAAGUUUCCAUCACACUGCACACUACAUACAUAGUUUGUGAAAGCACUUUAAACUCCGUAAAGUUGACUCCAUUCAAACUGAAUCUGUGUGGUGUGUGUGUGUGUAUGUGUUGGUCACAUGUUGCUAUGUAAGCCUUUGUGCUGUACUGUGGAGAUAUUCUUUUGCCUUCACACAAUCAGUAUUGUCUCUUCAGCAUUAUUGUUGAUAUUUUGUCUGUAUGUGAGAAUUUUUGCACAUGCAAAUGUUGUGCCUAUGUUAAUAUGUGAAUAAAUCUGCCCCGUUUUAUAAA